GUGGCGCUGCAUGACGAGCAUGAACACACUCGCCGACCAGCGUGUUUCUGUCAGACGUCUAGGUCACGCAGAACUCGGGUCACGAGUUUGAGGUAGCAGUUGGGAAUUGUCGAAACCAGCCAUUUAACCAAAGCAACUGUGCAAAUGAGUGAAAAAUCUUGACGAUACAGUUCGGGGAACACAUCGUUCCACUUUCACAGCGGAGAUGUCUGGGAACGGUAGUAUUUGUCAAGAAGGAAAUGGCAAAGUCAGUCGAGUUAUUCGCAUGGGAACAAGGAAGAGCCAGCUGGCUCGUAUUCAAACAGACAGUGUGGCCGGCAGACUGAAAGAGCUUUAUCCAGACGUUCAUCUAGAAAUUGUUGCCAUGUCUACAAUUGGGGACAAAAUCCUGGACACUGCAUUAUCAAAGAUUGGCGAAAAGAGCCUCUUUACCAAAGAGCUGGAGAAUGCCCUCGAGAAAAAUGAAGUGGAUAUUGUGGUGCACUCUCUUAAGGAUUUACCUACCUCAUUGCCCCCUGGAUUCACUAUUGGAGCUAUUCUUCAGAGGGAAAAUCCCCAUGAUGCAGUGGUGCUUCAUCCAAAGAAUGCUGCACUUACCCUAGACAGCUUGCCAGAGAAGAGCGUGAUUGGCACAAGUUCACUUCGCAGAGCAGCUCAGCUGAAGAAACGAUUCCCUCAACUGGAGUUUGAAAAUAUUAGGGGGAACCUAAACACCCGUCUGAAGAAGCUGGAUGAAAAGGACGACUAUGCUGCCAUUAUUCUGGCCGCAGCAGGCCUUAAACGUAUGGGCUGGGAAAGCAGAAUCAGUCAGAUUCUGGGCCCUGAAGAUUGCAUGUAUGCUGUUGGCCAGGGAGCACUGGCAGUGGAAGUCAGAGCACAAGAUAAAGACAUUCUGGAAAUGGUGUCUGUCUUGCACCAUCCAGACACAGUGCUGCGGUGCAUCUCAGAGAGAGCUUUUCUCAAGCAGCUGGAAGGAGGCUGCAGUGUGCCUGUUGCUGUUCAUACAGAAGUGAAAGGAUCCAUGCUGUAUUUGACUGGAGCAGUUUAUAGUUUGGAUGGAGCUGAUUGCUUGAAGGACACUAUGCAGACGGUUGUGGAAAUUGACAACAAAGUGAGCGAGAGUGCACAGGAGUGUGAACACGUUGGAGUCACUGCCAACAGUGUAUCAUCAUCAGCCCUCGAAGCUGCUGAGAAACUGGGAAUGGAUCUGGCAAAUGCUCUCCUUAAUAAGGGGGCCAAAGACAUUCUCACAACAGCCAGGACACUAAAUGAUGCUCGAUAGCUGGCUUUUUACAUUUUGUGCACUGGAGUAUUAGACCUAGUUUUGGAACCUUUGACAUGCUGUUAACUUGGAUAAACCGUGCACUCAACUACAUGCUCUAUAGCCGAAUCUCCAGAGCUUAAAUAUAACCUUGAUUGGCUGUAUAAAUCUGUAUGUAAAAACAACCGACAAAUCACUUCAGAUACUAUACCUCAGUUUGACAAUGUGACAGCAGCAAUUUUUCUCUCAGCUGCUGGUUCAUACACAAGACAUUUCUACUGUUGUGACUACCAUCAUCUCUUCUCAGGCACAGAAUUCUGGAAGAAUUCAUUCUGAUGGUCUUCCAUUUCUAAUGUCAGACUCCCACCUUUAUUUAUGAACCACUUGAAAAUGAGGUGGUCAAAAUAGCUCUUUUAUAUCUGGCCAUGGUUUUUAAAUUGAGAAUCGAGUAUUUUUUAUCUUUAUGUACCUCUAACAAAAUAUGGCAUUUUUAUAUACGAUGCAUUUUAGUAAUGGAGAAUAUUUAUUAAUCACAAUGAUGAGGUGCUAAGAUGUAGUUUUUUUCAAGUUCUUUAGAACCUGGGCUCCAUGUAAGAUUUUUUUGACAAAGUGGGCAAUUUAAAGAAUGUUAAGUUUUAUAUUUAGAAUAUUUUUAUAUAGUUUUGAUCCCACAAUGUAAUUAAAUUAACCAGCAAAUUCUUCGACCUACAACGCUACUUUCUACAAUUAUAUCAAUAUGAAAAGUUUGUAAUAAAAAAAAAAAA